AAAGCGCCUCCCCUUCUGCCGGUGCUGUGGCUGCCAAUUCCGACUCCUGGGGGACUCCUCGGGCUGGCAUUCGGCGCCGAGUGUCGGUUGUGUAACAGCUCUGCCCUAGUUAUCUCUUUGUGAGGCGAAGAUCCCUCCACUGGCGAGCCGUUCAAGGUGUCGUGAGAUCUUGUGCGACGAAGCGCCUUGGCACAGCCCAAGCCGAAGCCCCCUGAGGAAGGAGAAGCAUUGCCGGCCUGAAAUCAGCUACUCUUAAAUAAGGAUCCCCGCCCCUCUUCUUUUCCCCGGGUGGAGCUAGUUGAAGAUAAAUCCUCCUGUUCGGGUUAAUUUAGAGCAGGAGCAGGCAUCGAUAGCUACCGUGUGGUCUUUGAAGGGCAGUCUGCGCCUGUUAUUAAGAGCAGCUCUUUGUUCUUUGAUGUGUGGCGCAUUUAUGAAAGACUUCGGCGCUUUGGCCAAAGAAAACGUUAUGUGAUGUGAUCCUUACGGUCCAGGAAAGAAAGAUACCUGCUCAUCGUGUUGUCCUUGCUGCAGCCAGUCAUUUUUUUAACUUAAUGUUCACAACUAACAUGCUUGAGUCAAAGUCUUUUGAAGUUGAACUCAAAGAUGCUGAACCUGACAUUAUUGAGCAACUUGUGGAAUUUGCUUAUACUGCUAGAAUUUCUGUGAAUAGCAACAAUGUUCAGUCUUUGUUAGAUGCAGCAAACCAGUACCAGAUUGAACCAGUGAAGAAAAUGUGUGUUGAUUUUUUGAAAGAACAAGUUGAUGCUUCAAACUGUCUUGGUAUAAGCGUGCUAGCAGAGUGUCUGGACUGUCCUGAAUUGAAAGCAACUGCAGAUGACUUUAUUCAUCAACAUUUUACUGAAGUUUAUAAAACUGAUGAAUUUCUACAACUUGAUGUCAAACGAGUUACCCAUCUUCUCAACCAGGACACUCUGACAGUGAGAGCAGAGGAUCAGGUUUAUGAUGCUGCAGUCAGGUGGUUGAAAUACGAUGAACCUAAUCGCCAGCCAUUUAUGGUUGAUAUCCUUGCUAAAGUCAGGUUUCCUCUUAUAUCAAAGAAUUUCUUAAGUAAAACAGUACAAGCUGAACCACUUAUUCAAGACAAUCCUGAAUGCCUUAAGAUGGUAAUAAGUGGAAUGAGGUAUCAUCUGCUAUCUCCAGAGGAUCGAGAAGAACUGGUAGAUGGCACAAGGCCCAGAAGAAAGAAACAUGACUACCGCAUAGCCCUAUUUGGAGGUUCCCAACCACAGUCUUGUAGAUACUUUAACCCAAAGGAUUAUAGCUGGACAGAUAUCCGUUGCCCCUUUGAAAAACGAAGAGAUGCAGCAUGUGUGUUUUGGGACAAUGUAGUGUACAUUUUGGGUGGCUCUCAGCUUUUCCCCAUAAAACGAAUGGACUGCUAUAAUGUUGUGAAGGAUAGCUGGUAUUCCAAACUGGGCCCUCCAACACCUCGAGACAGUCUUGCUGCCUGUGCUGCAGAAGGUAAAAUUUAUACAUCUGGAGGCUCCGAAGUUGGAAACUCAGCUCUGUAUUUAUUUGAGUGCUAUGAUACAAGAACUGAAAGUUGGCACACAAAGCCCAGCAUGCUGACUCAGCGCUGCAGCCACGGGAUGGUGGAAGCCAAUGGUCUGAUCUAUGUUUGUGGUGGAAGCUUAGGGAACAAUGUUUCUGGGCGAGUGCUGAAUUCCUGUGAAGUUUAUGAUCCUGCCACAGAAACAUGGACUGAGCUGUGUCCAAUGAUUGAGGCCAGGAAGAAUCAUGGACUGGUAUUUGUAAAAGACAAGAUAUUUGCUGUGGGUGGUCAGAACAGCUUAGGUGGCCUGGACAAUGUAGAAUAUUAUGAUAUUAAGUUAAAUGAAUGGAAGAUGGUCUCACCAAUGCCAUGGAAGGGUGUGACAGUGAAGUGCGCUGCAGUUGGCUCUAUAGUUUAUGUCUUGGCUGGUUUUCAAGGUGUGGGUCGAUUAGGACACAUUCUUGAAUAUAAUACUGAAACAGACAAAUGGGUUGCCAACUCCAAAGUCCGAGCUUUUCCAGUAACAAGUUGUUUAAUUUGUGUUGUUGAUACUUGUGGAGCAAAUGAAGAAACUCUUGAAACAUGAAAAGUGAGUGGACGUCAAGACUCAUCAGAGACUCAAAAAUAUGGCCACCAGUGCUUUGUUCCAAGAGUUUGGUUGCAAAGUUUUAGUUUGGUGUUUUGUUUUUUUUUAAGGGAAGUUUCAAGUAAAGUAGGUUCCCUAUUAAGUAGAUAUUUCUAUUAUAUGGAUUUCUUUACUUCAUUCAAAAACCGUAUUUUAGCUGGCCACAUAACCAAGAACAUAUCUAGCAAGAAAUAAUUGAAAAAUUGUAAGCAUUUGGUGAAAAUCAGGAUUCUUAAAUGAAUUUCACAUCUGUAUGAUUAUGGCAGAGUGGGGGAUCGGCUCAUCAGUGACACAGUCUCAUUUUAGCCCUAGAUUCUAUUUUCAUACAUCAUAGAAGUGCUGUGUAGUUGUUUGUUUGUUUUUGUACCUUCAAGAACUAAGAAAUCAUAUGAAUUGUAAGUCAAGACAGGCACCUCUAAUGAGGCAGCUUAAUCUCAGAUAAUAUUGCUUGUCUUCAUUUGCUUAAUUUAGUGCCAAAUGUAUUUCAUUUUAGAAGUAAGCCAGAGUGAGUCAAGGCAUACACACAUAUAUUCUCUCACAAAACUUCAUAAACACAUUUUGGGACUUAAAAAUGUACCCAAUACCUCAUGAAAUAUAUUCAAUCUAAUUAAAUAUGUUUCAUCAUUUUAACACAAAAUGUCAAUCUUAGCACCCAUCAUUAAUAUCACUGUUUUAUCAGUGGUUAAAAAAUGAUUAUGCCUUUUCAGUCCUCACUGUUAAAUAAAAUACAAUCGUAAUAAUUAACUAGCAAAAAAUAGGCUAUUUAUAGCAAACUUCUAAGCUACUAGACACAACAUCAGUGUUGACUUUGAACUUCUUCAGGAUUAAAAAAGUACAUGAUUUCUUUAGCAGGACAAAGAGAUAUUUGACCCAGUUGUCUCUAAAAGUUUUGUUAUAACUUGAGUUAAAUAUUUGUCAUCUCGUAUUAAUUGUUUUAUGGUCAAUAAAUCUUUUACAAACCCAACUACUCAUUUUGCUUUCCUAGUAAUAGUUUGCCCUUUUACAUUAUGGAAUGUAUGGAAUGAGCCAUUUCGCUGUCACCAUCGAUGUUUUUAUCUGGUAAUAUUAAAUAUUUUUAACUUAAAA